AGCAGAGUAAAUUUUGAAAAGCAAAAAAAAAAAAAAAACUGAAACUGAAUCACAACAUUUCACUGAAGAGAAGAAGGGUUCGAUCGACCGAUCUAUAUAAAGGAAGGAUAGGGUCUUCGUUUCACUUCAUCAUCGGGCGUUCGUGAAAGAAAAAUAUACUAAAAAAUUAAAAAAAUCAUUUCCAUCAUCUCAACUCGAAUCCGGAAGAAGAAAGACACCCAGAAGAAGAGAAAAGAGAUGUCUUCGCCAAGCAAACGCAGAGAAAUGGAUAUGAUGAAGCUGAUGAUGAGCGAUUAUAAAGUAGAGACGAUCAACGAUGGCAUGCAGGAGUUCUUUGUUGAAUUCAACGGUCCCAAAGACAGUCUGUAUGAAGGAGGAGUGUGGAAGAUAAGGGUUGAGCUUCCAGAUGCUUAUCCUUACAAAUCCCCUUCUGUUGGUUUCAUCACCAAGAUUUAUCAUCCUAACGUUGAUGAACUGUCCGGUUCUGUUUGUUUAGAUGUGAUCAACCAGACUUGGAGUCCUAUGUUUGACCUUGUGAAUGUGUUUGAGACAUUUCUUCCUCAGCUUCUUUUGUAUCCAAACCCAUCUGAUCCUUUGAAUGGAGAAGCUGCUGCUUUGAUGAUGCGUGACCGCCCUACUUAUGAACUACGAGUUAAAGAAUACUGUGACAAGUAUGCAAAACCAGGGGAAGGUUCAGAAGAUAAGUCUAGCGAUGAAGAACUAAGUGAAGAGGAAUAUUGUUCUGAUGACAAUGAAGAUGAUGAUGCAAUUGCAGGCCAACCAGAUCCUUAGACCUAGAUUUGGCAGAUCACUUGUUUUAUGUAUAUGAUGUUCUAUCGUCAAUCUUAUUUAUCCUUAUAAGUUAACCGAACCGUGAAAUCUGCUCUUUCUAGUUUCUUCCUUUAUGUUUGUUCCACCUGCCCUGUUUAAAUGUACCGGUUCCGGACGUUUGUGUGUACAUUAUUAGACCGAACCGAAUUGUCAAUCUUUCCGAUAUCUAAUAAACAGCUCACUCAUACCGGUUUAGAACGUUUAUUA